AUGUGGCUCAAUACCACUUCUUUCUCCUUUCUCCUGACUGGCUUCCCAGGCAUGGAAAGGGCACAUCAUUGGAUUUCCAUCCCAUUGUUGGUAGUAUACAUCUCCAUACUUCUUGGCAAUGGCAUCCUUCUCUUUCUUAUCAGGGAUGACCAUAACCUUCAUGAACCUAUGUACUAUUUCUUAGCUAUGCUGGCAGCUACAGACCUUGGGGUGACUCUGACCACGAUGCCCACAGUGCUGGGUGUCCUAUGGUUAAAUUACAGGGAGAUUAGCCAUGGAGUCUGCUUCUCUCAGGCCUACUUUAUUCACACUCUUUCUAUUGUGGAGUCAGGAGUCUUGCUUGCUAUGGCCUAUGACCGGUUCAUUGCCAUCUGCAACCCAUUGAGGUAUGCCUCUAUCCUGACCAACACCCAGGUAAUGAAGAUCGGGGUGGGAAUAUUGACAAGGGCUGGUCUGUCAAUUAUGCCAAUAAUUAUUAGGCUGCUCUGGCUUCCCUAUUGCCAAUCCAAUGUACUCUCCCAUGCUUUCUGUUUACACCAAGAUGUUAUCAAGCUAGCCUGUGCUGAUAUCACCUUUAAUCGUCUCUACCCAGUUGUGGUUGUGUUUGCAAUGGUCUUAUUGGACUUUCUUAUCAUUGUUUUCUCCUAUAUUUUGAUUCUCAAGACUGUCAUGAGCAUUACUUCUGGAGAAGAGAGGGCUAAGGCCUUCAACACGUGUGUCUCUCAUAUCUGCUGCAUUCUGGUCUUCUAUAUCACUGUGGUUGGUCUGACAUUAAUUCACAGAUUUGGAAAGCAUGCUCCUCGUGUGGUUCACAUCACAAUGAGCUAUGUCUACUUCCUUUUCCCACCCUUUAUGAACCCUGUCAUCUAUAUCAUUAAAACCAAGCAAAUCCAGAGUGGUAUACUUCAUUUAUUAUCUUUGUCUCAUUCUAGUGUAUGA